AUGUCAUCAGAGAGCUCAGCAGUCCCUACGUGGGAUGGUCAUCCGAAAGGUUGGCGGCGUUACUGUCGUGAGGUGGUGUGGUAUGUGCAAGCUACAAAGGUGGGACAGCGUCGUCAUUUGGCCACCAGGCUAAUUGCACGGCUCUCCGGAAGUGCCCGCCUUUUAGCAAUGUCAUGGCCCCAAUCAGAACUGGAUAAUGAUCGUGGUGUACUCAUUUUCCUGCGUAAGUUAGCAGCAAGUCCUUUGGUCAGACGAAGUCUUCCGAAUGCCGCAGCAACUAUGUCGCAGUAUUUUGGGUUUCGCAAACGACAGAAUGAGACAAUUUCCGAAUUCCUUGUUCGAGAGACCUUGUCUUACGAAGAGUUCCAAGAAGCUUUGAUCCGGCUUCGUGAGGAACGCAGUGGUACUGAUCCAAGCUUGCAAGACUUUGGCUUGGAAGCAAUCUUCAGGAGACAGGAGGAAGAAGAUGCCCAGUGGAAUCGCUGGCGAAACUGGCGUGAUUCUCAUGAUGCGGGUGCUGAACCCGCAGCUGAAGCCUCAGCUGAUGCUGAUGCUACUGAGACUGGUGAGCGACCUGAUGCAGCGACAGAUGGCUAUCAGCGCGUGCCUCUAGUUUCUGAACCGGAUCUCAGUCCUCAGUCGAAUGUGGCUCCAGAGCAUGGGAUGAACUCUGCUGACUCAUUUGUGCUUGAUGUUCUGCGAGGAUGGCGCUUGUUACAGGCAGCCACUUUGUCCCGUGAUGAGUUUCGUGAUGUUCUUUCUGCAACAAACAACAAGUUGGAUUUUGAUUCAAUUUCAGGUGCAUUGCAAGUGCUUUGGGAUGAUCAGUUGAUUCAACAUCCUCGACAUGCCCCUUCACAGUUUAAUGCACAUUGGUUGGAAGAACUGGAAGAUCCGCAGAUCAAAGAGGCGUAUCAGUCAGAACGCAUGGCAGAAGCUCUAGCCUCUGAAGCGAGUCUCACAUGGAAAAAAGCCCAGGAGGCUACAGCGGCCUUGCGCCGUGAUCGAGAUCGUGGUGCUCCCAAGGGUAAGUCCAAAGGUUUCAAUAAGGGCAAGAUGGGUAUGGCUGUUUAUGGUGAUCCCUACAUGGAACAGUUUCCCAUGGUGAAAGGCAAAGGCAAAGGCAAGGCAAAGUAUUCCAACUACAUGGAUCACGAGAUGUUUUGGGCUGGCAAAUCUAAGGGCAAAUCCUCAAAAGGGUCAUCAAGUUUUUCGUUCCGUCCUCCUGGUCCGAGUGGUGUCAAUGCUUAUGGCAUGGAGCUCUAUCCCAUUGAGUUCAUGGAAACCCCUGAGUACCAUGAGCCCCUGGAUGUGACCCUGACAGCCACUACUUGGUCUCCACCGCCUUCGGCAUCCCAGGCCAUCAAGUCCUUCGAGGGCAUGGUCGACAGCGGUGCCACAGCCUCUGCUGGUCCCGAGGCCAGCAUUCACAGGGUUUUUGAGUGUUUGCGCCAAGUUGAUCCAGAAGCAACAUUGACUGUUGACCAAACCUUGAAACCCCGUUUUCGGUAUGGUUCAGGGAAGUGGGGACAAGCCUUGUGUCAAGUCACAAUUUCCUCAUGGGCAUCUGGACAUCAGCGAAAAUUUUCAGUUUUUGCUCUCCCGAAUCCUCCAGAAUAUCAUGAACCUUGGUACGAUGAUUCACUGUUGGUUCCUAUUUUGAUCGGCAUGGACUUUUUAGGCGUCAAUGGUGUGGGCUUGGUUCUUGAUUUCGUGGAUGGAUACUCCUGGAUGUCCAAUAUGCCCGGCGUUGCUUCUUUCAACAGUGUGUUCAUCGACGUUCUGCCGGCUCAAAACAGAAGGAAUCCACGGCUGGUGAUCGAAAUCUUUGGAGUGAUGCCUCCGAAGACCAACCUUGCCGACAAGGCUCCCGAGUUGGAUCACAGCCGAGCUCUUCCAGCAGAUCCGAGAGACCCCAGAUGUGGCGAAUGCUGGCCAUGUUUCGGGAGUCACAACGCCUCCGUGAGAGGAUCAAACAGGUAUGGUCAAUGGACCCACUGCGCCGUGUGCAACCUACGGACGCAGUAUGUUCCAAGGAUGGGCUCGCUGACUCACAAUGUCGAGCACAUCGAUCCUCACUAUGUGGCGAAGGCUCUCAGCAUGGUUCAGAAAGAUCUCAAGGGUGUGAAGCCCCACUACAAACUCAUGAAGGUGGCUGUGGAGAAGAUCGAGAGCGACGAGCGCUACUACCAGAUGGUGCUGGGUGCUCCAGAGAUGACCCCAGUUCCGAAAUCUCCCACACGCCACCAGAUGUUCACACCUCCGAGGAGAUCAAUGCACAAUUCCGAGGAGGAGCAGAUCCCAGGUCCCCAGCAGCUCACGUCGAGCCCAAGCUGGCAACAUGUGACUCCACCAAAGGCCCGAGCCAAGUCACCCACGGUGUCUCAGAUGAGUGUGGCAUCAGUUCCAGUGGUGACACCUCAGGAUCUCCUGAGCCAGCUCUCAGCCGAGGUGGGCAAGGCGGCGGUGAAGGUGCUCCAAUUGAUGAUGCUUGGCCUCUUCACCAACUUCCACGACCUUGUGGUGGAUGGUAUGAACAGGUUCUCCUUGAUCUACAAGACGCCCUGUGGCGACUUGAUCAUCGAGAGCCCUGAUACAGCUCGUUCCAGCUACUAUCCCUGGAAGAUGGUUGUCGCGAUUGCCAAGACUUGGAAAUCUCAACUUGUACCAGAACGUUGGCAAUCCAUCCUGUUCCUGACCGUGGACUCCAACGUCCCCAAUUCGACUUUUGAACAGCAACUGUGGGAGAUGAAUCCAGCCGAGAUGGCUGAUGACAUCGCUGAAGUUCCUCCUGAUGAGGGGUACUCACCCACAUCGCUUGCUCCUGAAGAUGCACCAGCAAUUCCGGCCGAUUUGGCUGAUGAUGAUGGACAAAUGGUCCUACCUCCUGCUCAAGAUGAACGCUCUGGUGGAGAUCUUCGGCCUCAAUCCAUGCAGAGCUCUAAGGCAAGUAAUCCCUCUCAAAUGGCUUCGUCACGCUGGCAACAAGAUGGCCAUGGUCGGUGGUCGAAGCAUGAAGCUGAUGGCAAAAUCAUCCCAUCCACGGAGCAGCUUGCCGAGUGGAAUGUCAAGCUUCAAAAGUUUCACAAGGCCUCAGGACAUCCUAGCAAUAGGAAUUUAGCUCGCAUUUUGCGGGAAGCUGGCAAAGAAAAGUGGCAGAUUGAAGCAGCACUUCGUCUCCGAUGCCCAGCAUGCGAGGCGACUAGACCUGGGGGUUCGUCUUCCGGAAAGAUUCCGCCAGUAUCAACCAAUCGACUUCCUCAAGCCUGGCAUAUGGUGAUGAUGGAUGUUGGUGAGUGGAAUGUCGUGUCCGUGCGCAAGAAGCUGAAGUUUCUAUUGAUGAUUGAUGCUGCAACGAAGUUUCGCAGCACAGUUCCUCUUAUGGUCUAUGACAUCAAUCAGCAAGGGAACGAGAAUGCCAAGAUGGUCAUCGAAGCUUUUGGUCGCGGCUGGUUGGCGGAAAAACCGAAACCGCUGGUGGUGGUUCCUGACAACGCCAAUACGCUGUGCUCAGCGGCCUUCAGGGAGUUUUGCCACACCAACAAUUUGUGGCUGAGCCCGCCUGUGGAGAAGGAGGCAUGGGCUCACGGAAUUGCUGAACGAGCAGUCCAAGAAACCAAGCUUUUGGCCGACAAGAUCUUCAUCUCUGACGGCACUCUGAGCUUGGAACUAUGUCUGGCCCUUAGCACAGCGGCGUUGAAUAGUACGGAGAACGCACAUGGUUUUUCUCCCUUUCAGUGGGCAUACGGUCACUCUUUUCAGUGGACUGAUGAAGACAUCACUACUCAUCUCCAACUUCAACAAGCUCACCCACUGAGUGAAUUUGAGAAGUUGCUGUCUUGCAGACGCAAAGCUGAGAAUUUGGCACGGCAAGCGCUGAAGGGUGCUGCAAUGCGCCUUCCCGCUUUGCCACCAGUCAAUGAGUAUGAAGAGACUGACUUCUUACCAGAAGUGCCUGAUGACACUUUUGAAGACGACUUGGGCAACUCUCUCAAUGACCCAGGUGUGAAGCGAAAAACUGAUCUCCUUGAGUCAGAAGUUUCCUCACGCGAAGCCUCCUCCAAAAGAUCCUCCUUGGCGUCCUCAUCCAUGAGACCUAUGCGUCCUCACUCAGCUGUUGAUAGCGAUGAUAUUGUCACUGGUGAUAGUGUCAAGAAACCCCGGACUGAUGAUGAUAACGCUCUCACCCUUGAUCUUCAUGCUGCUCUCCAAGAAGCUGAGUUUGGGUAUAUCAUGGAAAUGGAGUUGGAUUUCUCAAGCCACAGAAAACUCAAGAAGUUUCUCCAGGCGCCAAACUUUUACUUGGUGCAACAAAUGCGUGAUUGUGAAGUUCGCUAUGAGCGACUCACUGAUGACUUCAAGAAGUUGUUUGACCGUGCAAAGGACAAAGAGGUGGCAUCUUUUCUCAAGUCCGAGGCCGUGAGAAAGUGCAUCUCCAAGGAGGAAGAGGAGGAGGGCAAGAACUCUGGCCGUGUAAUGAAGUGCCGGUGGGUGUUGACAUGGAAAGACACUCCACCAGAUGAACGGCAAGCUUCUCAGCAAGAUGCUCACGAGAAUGCUGGCACUUUGUUCACCCCUUCGGGCGAUCGCAAGGCGAAAGCCCGCAUCGUCUUGUUAGGGUAUCAGCACCCAGAUCUCCUCAAUCCUGAGUUCCGAAGUUCUGCACCUGUUCAAUCAACUUUGACCAGACACCUGACCUUCCAGCUCUCCGUGCAGAACCAGUGGCCAAUCGAAGGCAUGGAUCUUUCAACGGCUUUUCUCCAGACCGAGAAGAACCAGGAGCAGAACCGCAUAUGGACAUCAGGAGUGCGUGAACUUCGUGCUGCACUUGGCGUCUCUGAGGGCGGCAUCAUGCGAAUCCUCAAAGAUUUUUAUGGUUCAACUACAGCUCCUCGUGGACUAUGGCUUGACAUAGACCGUAGACUGCGAAGACUUGGAGCUCACAAAGUCCUUGGCGAUCCAUGUGCCUGGAUAUGGGUAGAGGAAAACCCGCAUGCGGUGAACCAAUUGGAUCGCUUCCGCACUAUUGGGUACAUGGCUGGUCAUGUUGACGAUUUCAACAGAUCCGGUGAUGAGACCAAUCCCAAGUGGCAGAAAAUCAAGGCAGCCAUUGACCGUGAGUAUCAGUGGGGUAGUUCCAAAGUUGGCGCUUACCGCUAUGUGGGCUCCGACAUCCAUCACAGGACUGGUAGCCAAGGUAACUACAUCAUGGUUGACCAGGACUCUUAUGUGGAGAACCUCGCUGAUGUGGAGAUUGAUCCAGUCCGUUUCAAGAAUGCGGCGACAGUCCUCACCAAGUCAGAGAUUGGCAAGUGUCGCUCAGCUUUAGGUGCUUUGCAGUGGUUGGCCGUGCAGACUCAACCUCAAAUCUGCGCAAGAUGCAAUCUCUUGUUGUCUGAAUUGGCACGUGAGCCAAAGAUGACAGUGGCUCAAGAGAUUCAGCAGGUCAUCCGCGAGACUCGCAAGCAUCCUCACCGUCUCCGUUUUGAUCGAAUCCCCUCUGUGAACCAUUGGCAACAAAUGGUGGUGGUGACAAUGGGUGAUCAGGCACACAACAACAGACCUGAUGGCUCUUCCACAGGUGGUUUGAUUAAUUUUCUAGGCGGACCGGAACUCCUUGAUGGUUCUCCCGGCCGUCUGGUGAUGGUUUCAUGGCGUACUUGGAAAUUGCGCCGAGUAGCAAUUUCCUCCAAUGAUGCUGAGAUUCAAGCGAUGGUGGAAGCUGAGGAUGUCAAUUUUCGAACUCGUUUGCUUUGGGCUGAACUGAAUGGUGCUGGCGCUGAAAAGGGUCUUGAUCUUUUAGCUUUUGCUGAGCAAGAAGUUUCUGCAGUCCCUGGUGUUGUGGCCACAGACUCAAAAGGUGGUUUUGAUGCAGUGACUCUGCAAGAAGGUCCAUAUUUGGGUUUGUCAAACGUGAGAUCAGCCAUACAAGCUUUUCAACUGAAACAAUCGUUUGCAGACACAAAAGCAUGGUUGAUUUGGCUUGCUAGUGAUUGGCUCCUUGCAGAUGCUCUGACGAAGAAAAUCCAAGAGUGUCGCAAAAGUUUACUUCAGUUCAUGCGCACAGGUGUUUGGAUGCUUCAAUAUAACCCAGGCUUUGAGACAAGUGCACGAAAGAACAAGAGAGCAGGCAAGGAUGCUCUCACACAGAUGAAGAAAGCCACAGAGAAGUUUGCCAGCUGA